AAAAGUCCAUCUAAUUCCAGCAACCAUAGAUAAAAAAUAGAAAUGUUGGCUUUGUAUAAUCUUGAAGUACUUUGUAGAACUGGAAUUAGUCAUUUAUUUUCGCUGUCUUACACUUUCCUUCCAUAGAUUUGCCUAUGGAAGAUUUCCACCAACUCAAUGGCCAAUCAAACCGGCGUCUACGAGUUUGUUCUUCUUGGAUUCCCGGGUCUCACUGAGAGGUAUAAUGCUGCUGUGUCGGCGGUGUUCUUCCUCAUCUAUAAUGUGUCUCUCUUCUCCAAUGCCACUGUGAUAGGGUUGAUCAUUCUAAAAGAACACCUACACCAGCCAAUGUACAUGGUGAUUGCAAACUUGGCCCUCUCCGACCUCAUCAUGGACACGGCGACCUUGCCAAAAAUGAUUGCCAAGUACUGGUUCGGACAUGAAUCCCUGUCCUUCUUUGCCUGUUUUCUCCAGAUGUUUUUUGUCCACAGUCUCGGUUCCCUGGAUUCGUUCAUCAUCAUGUUAAUGGCUGUCGAUCGGUUUGUUGCAAUUUGCAGGCCCCUUCAUUACUGUUCCAUUAUUACCAACAAACUUCUGUUGCUCAUUUGUCUUAUCUUUUGGUUGAUUUCAGCCAUGAUUGGACUAAGCAUUGCAAUUAUGGGGGCCCAGUUACCCUACUGUGGGCCAAACAAAAUCAAAAACUGCUUCUGUUCCCUGACGCCAGUCUCCAUUUUGUCCUGUGUGAACUCAUUGAUGACCAGGAGGAUCGUAUUUAUCAUUGCCUUGGUCGUUCACCUGCUCCCGCUUUCUUUUAUUAUCUUUUCCUAUGUAAUCAUAGUUUGGAAGAUCCGAUUGAUGGCCGGCUCUGAGAAUUGGCAAAAAUUGUUUUACACGUGCACCACACAUGGCUUCGUCAUCUUCUUCUACUUCGUCCCCAGGCUGGCUGUUUACACCUAUAAUCAAUUCCAAUUGAUCUCCAACGCAGACUUCAAUGUUUUUCUUAUUUGCCUUUAUACAUUUGUGCCUCAUGUUGCCAGUCCUAUUAUAUAUUGCCUUAGAACCGAAGAAAUAAAAAACACUUUGGUAAAAGUUGUUAGGAAGGCGUUUAGUUCAUAGGAGCAAAGGGGCAGAUCCACAUAGAAAUA